AUGGCUGAAUCACACAUUUCGUCACAUUCGCAGAGUCCACAAAGUCUGGACACAUCUCUCAUGGUGCAGCUAGCUAGGAAGAUUACUGAAGAGACGGAAAAGCUCGAUGGGUAUCUCAAGGCCAAUGGCCUUCCGGACUUGGGCUUCGAUGUCAAUGCCCCUGGAGAUCUUCCCAAUUUGCCGGAUGACAUACAGAGAAGUCGCAUUGAGAUCUCCUCGGCAACCAAACAGCUGGAACUUCUUGUUCGGGGACCCAGAGAAACUGUCAGAUGGGGCAUAUGGAGUUAUCUUGACACCUUGAGCCUCCAAAUACUGACCAGCUAUGGAAUUCCCAAUCUCGUACCUAUGGAGGGAUCUAUUGCGUUGGCGGAACUCCAAAGCAAGACUGGACUGGACCGCAUAAAUCUGGCUCGCGCUCUUCGCCAUGCUAUGACAAAUAAGAUCUUCCAAGAGCCGACACCAGGGUUCAUAGCACACACUGCGGCGUCAAGGAUGCUUGCUCAGGACGCCAGCCUCCGAGCCUGGGUAGGUUUGAAUGGAGAGGAUUUCCUUCCAGCCGGGGCCCAUACCUUGGAAGCUCUUCGUGCCGACCCAGAAGCAACCUCACUCACACGGACCGGCUUCAACUAUGCAUGGGGGACGGUGGACAAAGAGCCAAUGUUUGCAACAUUCGGCAAGGACCCUCCCAGAGGAAAGCGAUUUGCAGAGGCUAUGGCAAGCCUGACAGGCGGCGAGGGCUAUGAGGUUCGCUACCUUGUCGAUAACUACGACUUUUCCGAAAUCAACAACAACGAAGGCACAUUGGUGGAUGUAGGUGGUAGCCAUGGCUUCGUGUGCGUCGAUCUUGCAAAGAGAUGGGAUAAAAUGAAAUUCGUGGUACAAGAUUUGGCAAAGACAAUCAGCAGCGCCCCAGAGCCUAUAUGCGCAAAUGAAGAGGUAGCUCAACGCAUAUCUCUUCAGGUCCAUGAUUUCUUUACUGAGCAGCCAGUCAAGGAUGCUGAUGUGUACUACUUCCGCUGGAUACUUCAUAACUAUUCAACCCCAUAUGCCGUCAAGAUCCUCAAAAACUUGGUCCCAGCUCUCAAACCGGGAGCGCGUGUCAUCAUCAACGAUCAUUGUCUCCGUGAGCCGGGGGUUGAGAACCACUGGGAUGAAAAAGUCAUGCGGAGUAUGGACCUGUUGAUGUUGACCUUGUUGAAUGCACAAGAGCGGACAGAAAAGGAGUUUGAAGAACUCUUUAGGGCUGCCGAUGAGCGAUUCCUAUUCAAAGGUGUAAGCAGACCUGAGGGAUGUAGGAUGAGCAUUAUCGAGGCAGUUUGGCAGCCUUGA